GCAAAAGCGAUGGUUGGGUUGCAUGCUGCGCCCGAGGUUUCGCAUAAGAGGAAGAGGUUGAAGAGCAUCGUCAACCUUGGUGAUGAUGCCACGGGAGCUGCGAAGGUUGUUAGUCCCAUCAAGGAGGUGAAAGAAGGGGAGUUUUUGUCGGAUCGGGCCGCCACUGAGGCUGGGGCGGUGCCGAAGGACGUUGAUAUCCCACCACCUUCUCCCGAAGGUUCACGGAAGAGGAGUUGCGAGGAGGAAGGUUUUGAUGACAGGACCUUCGAUGAGACAGGUGAAGCUCCGAAACUUCCUGCUUUUGGUUUUCUUUUGACUGCUUGAUUUGACAAGUUUUUGUUUCAACCGUGGUGCAAACCAUUCUGGAGCUCAAAGAUUUGAUCUGGAGUCGGGGGAACUUCCAACGCUGAGCCAUCAAAUGAAGGCUUUGAGGCUCUGGUUGCAAGUUAUGGGACCUCCGAGGCAAUCCGCGUCGUUGAGGUUUUGGGUCGCAAGAUUGCGACUGCUAGCCAAAUUGCUGCAAGGAAGAUUUCUUUGGAAGAGUCCAGUCAUACGAAUCAAGCUGCAGAGACUUUGAAUCUGAUAGACAAAUUUAUGAAAGCUAAAGAUGAAGUUGAGAUCAUGUCGAAGCACAAUGCUUUGGUCAAGGAGGAGAAUGUUCUGCUGAAGGAGAACCAAAAGUUUGGGCUUAUGGUGGCGGAAAGUGAAAAAGUUGCUGAAAACCUUCGAAAGACCAUUGAACGUGAUGCUACUGAGCUCGCAUCUCUCAAGGAUAAGGUAAAGAUCUUGGAGGCCAAGAAGAAGAAAAAGGAUGAUGCCUACGCGAAGCUUGGUGCUGAUAUGGCAAAGAUGGAGCGCCUUUACAAGGAUAUCUUGAAGCAUGCUGACAUUGUUUAUGCUGAAUACAAGAAAGGUCUAACCGUGCUUGGGGCUGAGCCUCUUCCUCUGCCAGAGCCUGCCGAAGGUGGUGAGGGGGUUUCUCGUCUUCUGGGUUGGCUGGUGUCUGAGUUCGAGGGGCUUUGCGAGAUCAUGGACGUUGCGAGUGACAACACCGUGUCCUUAUCUUGCGAAGGUCUCCUCGCACAUCUUGAGCGCGCGGUCUACGCCGACCUCCAGAAGAUAGCCUUGGCGGACUUCAUCUAUGCGUCGUAUGGGGAGCUUAGUGAAGACGUGGCCAAGUUACAGAAUGUGAAAGCUUCCUUUUUUCGAAGGUUCUGGUUGGCUUAUGUGAAGGAUGCAGUCCGUGCUCUUGCUACUACGUAACUUGAGGAGAUCCUGAGGCUGAACUCGGGUCCGAUGGAGGGGGUGCUGCGGGUGCGAGUGCGUUGGUCACUGAAGGAAUUGAUACCGGAAGGACUGAGGAUCAGAGUCCAAAAGUCUAGGGUGUUGGUUUAGGAGUUUUUUGUGUUGAACAUCUGUGCGUGAAUUUGUAAAUAUCCCCCGUGUUUCAGGGAGUGACGAAUGUGUGUGCUUCGGAGAACAUGACAUCAUCGCCGGAUUGUCAUGGUGAAGGUUUGAAUGCUGCAUCAUCGUGGGAACUGUAUAGCAUCACCUAUCCAGGUGCUAGUGUAGGUGAAUUUUUGUUGUGGUCCAGGGAGCGGUCGAUAUGAAAUGUGAACUUGAUGCAC